UGAUGACGAUUAUUAAUAAUGUUAACGAAUGGAAGUGAACGAUAGUGAACGAACGAGAGUUAUCCCAAAUAAAAAUAGAAAAUAUUCAUUAGAUAGUAUAAAUUUUUAUUGUCAAGUUUAUUAAAGCAGAGACAUUACAAUUGUGAAUCGGAAAAGGCUGUGAUAGUAGAUAGCAUUUCUUAAAUAACGACGGAAGUGUUGGUGCGAUCUACGUUGCCACAACCAUUUUGGAUUCUUUGUUAUGAUCAGCGUCCAUUUUGUGCAAGAUGGAUUUAAUCUAUUCUAUCCGAAAAUAAAAGCGAAAUCGAAUAGGUGUUUCAAAUUAAUAUUGACGACACGGACGCCGUGUUAUUACAGUAAUUUUUAAAAAUCAGUGUUAAUGGACAGUUAGCGCAAUAUUGCACUGAUAGUGAUAUGGCCAAGAAAAAUCUGGGUACGUACAAAGGGGACUAUUCAAAGUCUCGUGCAAUUAAACACCCGAAUCCGGCCUAUUAUUUCAACACCAUCGCCAACAAUUCACGCACAAACGCGAUAGGAGUGCAGAGAAUGAGCUUGCACAGGUAUUCGACCUCCGAUAGUCAAGGAUCUAGUCCAAGGACCAGUCCAGGCCUCCUUGCUGGCCACUAUGCCGGCUGCAAAUGGGUCGAGCCACCUCUUCCUUCAGCAUUGCCUCCGCCGCCACAACAUUGGAUGCAAAAAAUGUCAAUUAAUUGUAAAUUUACAAAGGAAGCUUCUCAACCGUCUGAUUUCACCAGACAACUUAAGAUGCUUCUGAAUGUGCAAGCUUGACCAGGAUAUUUACCAGGUCGUGAGAAAUAUGAAAGAGACAUAUUACAAUCGAUCAUACUAUUGUGAUGGGUGGACAUUACUUUCAAUAAUAACUUCCUAAAUAGCGAGUGAACACGACAGUCUCCACAAAGAGGAUACCAGUUUUAAUGGUAUGAAAACUUUUCCUUUGGUUUUAUUUCUACUUCAUUGCAUUUUAUUUGAAUUCAGAUCAUGUUCUUAAAGAAUAAAUUUGAAACUUUCUUUGUUCUCAAAUUAUUAAAAAAAAAAAAAAUAAAAUGUAACAAAAUUUAUUGCUGCCUAUGUAAUUAAUUUUCAAAAAUUAGCCAGUCUUUGUGAAAGUAAAAGAUUGUCCUGUUUAGCCGCUCAAGUGAUAUUAAUUUUAGAAGUUCAUUAUGACUGUUUAGAUGUAAUUCUUAAGCCACUUUCAUAAUGUGAUUUAUUUUACGUUUUAUAUGAGAGUAUAAAUUUUAGUUUAUUGGGAAAAUGCUUUAAGUGUGUGUCUAUGAGAUGUAUGAUGGAUUAUGUAUGCCUGACUUUGAUUAGAUUUAAAUCCAAAGACAAAUUAGCACUUAAAUUAAAUAUGAGGUCUCUUGGACUGCUUUGAAAUUCCAGAGUCAGUUUUAACUGACAAGUACUGAUUAGAAAUUCAAAUCAGUUAUUUAAGGGCCUCUUCUGCAAUUUUUACAAAUAGUUUUUAUCCUUUUUUUGUCGAUUUUUAAUGUACUAUAAAAAACAUGUGUAUAAAGGAAAAAAGGAUAAACAAGUGUUUAUUUUCCCAUUUUAUAUAGUGAAUUGUUUUUGGCACGAUUUGUUUUGUAUAUUGCCUUGAGUUAGUUUUGUGGCAGACAGCAUUUAUGAAAUUUUGGAAGUAGGAGAUGCAUUAAGAAAGUAACUUUCACUAUCUGGAAUGGGAUUAUUUUGAAAUUGAUGUUUCUCUGUCUAUUAUGUUGUUAAAAGAAAUGAAAUAUUGCUGUUAAAAGAAAAUCAUAUUUAAAUGCUAUUUUGCAAGUACAAAUGUAUAGAGAAGAUCUACAGAUACGUCGUUGGUGACGUGUAUUUUUAUUAAAUGGAGUACAAAAAAUAUAUAAUCACAAUUAUUUGUAAAAUAUUAGAUAGAUGUUAAGAUACAUGUACCAAGCUUCAGUUGACGUCACGGUAUACAUUUCGUGUGUCGUUUUUUAAAAAGACGUUUUUAUCCAGGAAAAAAAAAA